AUGUCCUACGGUUUCUCUACUAUCAACGGCGUGCUGCCGCGUGGCACCAAGCGCGCAUACGUUCCACGCGCUGCACGACCCCAUCUUGCCUGGUCUUCAGCGCAGCCGUCUCGAGCGAUAGGAAGUCAAUGCAGACUAAAGGGCGAUGGAACAGCGGCGCGCGAGCGGACCGACUGCGUAGAGGGCACGGAGGCCGAGGGGGACAAUGCCACCCUUACGUCAUUUUCCCCUACUGAGCUUGGCGUGGCGAGGCUGCUCACGACGGACGCAGUGUCUGGGACACGUCUCACCCUCUACACGAAUCCCUCUGUACCACAGCUGGCACUACACAGUGCCACCAUUCCGUCGCAACGGCGCGUUGUGGCAUUGUGGACACCACCAACGAGCACGGGUUCUGACAACGGCGGCGGUGAAGCAUGUGUGGUGACGCCGCUGUUCGUCAGCGACGACACAGGGAGUGUCUUUGCCUACCAAUGGAGUGGCUCAGAGAGCUUUAGUGAGCCGGCAGAAAAGCGCCGCCGCAUCGAUGGAAAAACAGAGUGCCUGCCCAGUGAAGCCAAGGAUGGCAUAUGGACCCCUGUGGCGCCGGCGCGUUCGACGGUGUCCUCGGAUGUGGCACAAAUGCAAUCCUCCACGUCGACCAUGUCAAGUCUCUUCUCCGUGACACGUGGCGCGCCGGGCUGGGCCGGGCUAACGGCACUGCACGCCUCGCUGUCUUGCAGCGAGGCGUUGCAGCUUGUGUCGGUGCGCGAGUUCUACCAUGAUGUGCGCCUCAUCGAUCCCACGCGGCAGACUGUCGUUCGCACCUAUGGUACCACGCACGCCCCCACCGGUGUGCUCUGCCCCUCUAUGCAGGCCGCCCCACACUGCACCCUUAUCGUCGAGGGUUGCCUGGCAACGCUGUACGAUGUGCGCUGCCCGAGUGCCGUGGUGUCACUCGGCGAGGUGUACGAGGCGCAGGCGGAGUGGCGAGCCGCCAAGGAUGCUGCAGCCGUGGAGAAUGGUAAACAGGAUGGCUGUGGCGUCGAAGGCGGUGAGCAGGCGAACGGCAAGGGCCUCCCAGGCGUCAACGCUGCUGUCGCGCCGGCGCCUGCACCACCUCUCAUUCCUGGCCGGCUUACGAGCACCGUUGGACACGUGCGUGACGUCUGCGGUACUGCGAAUCCGUUCGAGGUGGCGUGUGCGGUAGAUCGCGCACUCUGCGUCUACGACCUGCGCAAGUUCAACCGCCUCUUCACUUCCUCGAGCGUUCUGAAGUACGUUGUUGGGAGCGUGGCCUCCGUGGCAGGCGGCCGUGGCAUCGUGUGCGCCGGCAUCGACGCUGAGGUGCGGCUUAUCCCACUGCACGAGAAGUCCGACGCGAUGACCACCGAUACAUUGUCACUGGCUGCGCGUGUCGUCAUGCAGGCCCAGCAAAAGAAGAAGCAGCGCUGCGGCACCUGCAAGUCGCCGGGGCAACUCAGAAAGACUGACGACGAAGCAAACACCAAACCUGUAGGCCCGGGCGGAACGUUUCGUACACGUCUCAGCACCUCUGUUAGCUGUACGACGGUUUGGCAGGGCGGGUGGGUGACCACGUGCAACGGGGGCGGUGCAGCUGCAGUAGGUGUGUCGGUGGACGGUGAGUUGUUCCUGGCUCAGUGA